GUCUCAGAAUCAACUUCCGCCGGUAACCCACGCGCAAGGAAAACGUUUUCUAUUCAUUUCUACGAGUUUCUCCAAAUAUAAAGAAAUGGUGACAGUAGAACAAAUGUAUAAAGACUUUGGUGUCUUGGCAGAGGCUAAAGACAAAGCCGGAGAGCAUGAGCAGGAAUACUUGAACUUCAUCAAUGCUGUUAAAGGAGGACCGGGAGAGAAGAGAUUAGCAUCACAGUUUAUUGCCAGAUUCUUCAAACACUUCCCAUCACUAGCCAACCAAGCUAUCAAUGCCUUGUUUGAUCUGUGUGAAGAUGAUGAUGUUAUGAUCCGUAAACAAGCCAUUAAAGAUUUACCAACCCUGUGUAAGAAUUCUGCUGAUAAUGUACCAAAGAUUGCUGAGGCUUUAACACAACUACUAGGAUGUGAUGAUACAACAGAACUUAGUCUCAUUCAGUCAUCACUUAUCAACCUAAUGGCAGUGUGCUGUAAAGGUACUCUACAGGGUAUGUUUAAACAGAUCUUAUCAGAAGAUGAACUUGUGAGGGAGAGAGCCAUUAAGUUUUUAGGUACCAAAGUCAAAGUUCUUGGAGAAGAUACAAUAGAUAAAGAAGCUGAAGAAUUUCUUGUGUCACAGUGUAAACAGGUUUUACAAGAUGUAACUAAAGAAGAAUUUAUUUUGAUUAUGGACGUAUUAAGAUCACAAAGUUCAAUGUCUACAGUGCAAGGGAGACAACAACUUGUAGAAAUUGUUACUGAACAGGCAGACUUGGAUCAGAGUUUUGAGGCUGAAGAUACAGACUGUGUUGAUCGAUUGAUUCAUUGUAUAAAACAAGCGGCACCUUUAUUUUCAAAGAAUGUGCAUUCUAAAGCGUUUGUAGGGUAUAUAUGUGAUAAUGUUUUACCUGUGAUCAGUAAACUAGCCAGUCCUGAUGAUGGAGUAGAUGCACAGUUAGAGAUGUUAAAAUUGUUUAGUGAGAUCUCAGAGUUUGCUGGAGACUUGGACAAGUUAGAAAACAGAUUGGAUAAUCUAUACAAAUGUCUUAUUAGUUAUAUGCCAGUGCCCCCAGCCGAGGAAAAUGAUAAUCUGAGUAGCAGUGAAGAAGAACCUAAGUUCCAGUUUUCUACCGUAGAAUGUUUAAUGUUAGCUUUCCAUCAGCUCGGCAGGAAGUUACCAGGUUUUCUGGCAGAUGAAGCAAAUGCAGACAGAUUAAAAGAUUUUAAGUUAAGAUUACAGUAUUUUGCCAGAGGUGUACAGAUUUAUAUUAAACAGUUACGACAGGCGUUACAAGGAAAAGCAGGUGAAGCUUUAAAAACAGAUGAGAAUAAAAUCAAAGUGGUAGCAUUAAAGAUAACAUCAAACAUAAAUUCUUUGAUAAAAGAUUUAUUUCAUAAUCCACCAUCUUAUAAAACACCCAUCAUACCAUCAUGGAAACCUUUAGUGAAAAAAGCACCAGAGCCAAAAGCAGCUGAGACAGGUCAAAAACGAAGCACAUCUUUGGAUUCCAAUGGCUCCAGUGCUAAGAAAUAUUCCAGAAAAGAUGUGACGUUAUAUUCACCCCCUGGUGGAAAGUUCAGUGAACGAGCUGGCACAUAUGAAGCAGGUCAAGGACGUGGACGAGGUCGUGGACGUGGUCGUGGUUUCCGUGGAAGAAGAUAUUAACAGGACCAUAAAUCAAUCAUUGUUUUUAAAUUCUCACAUUUCGUGUUUUUUAAUGACAUUAUUCAAAAUAUUCUUAGUUCAGGAAAUACACUUUUUGAUAAAACAUGAACUAAACAUAGGAGUUUCUUCAUAAUUGAGAUGGAUAUAUGA